GACACGACUAGAUCUAAGCCUUGUUCUGCACAUGCGCUUGUCUGGCAACAUGACACAAGUGAAGCGAUGCUGCCUUGAUCAGUACAGGGGUAUGGUACUUCUCUGGCUACUCUCUAGUCAGACGGGAAUAGCCUCUUGUCAAGUUUACUUCUUGUAAUCUGAACACUCACGGCUUUGCGGCAUGCGAUAUGACAAGCGUGUUUAGGGAUCACCACGCUAUCGACUAAUGAUUUCACUGCGCCCAGAGAGACAGUUCAGGACUGCCAACCGAUGUUCCAAGCCGUGACCAACAUGUAGUAUAAACUGCCGGUUGUCCUCGCCUUCCUUCGCUCCCCCAUUGUGAGAUUUAGCAGAUGUGCAACACUCCCAUAAAGGACAUCGAACACCUCUCGAUCUCAAUUUCCUUAGUGUGGUCUCGGCAUCUUAUACCUCAUUACACCGGUUCUACAUUACAAUGUUGUCUUCUACAUCGUUGGCCUAUUGCUUGAUCUGGGUAUCUCAGGCUCAACAAAUCUUGGCUGGAGGCUCAAGCCCAUACAUUACUUGGGAUCACCCUAAUGGAGGAUACAAAGACGGCUAUCAAGACAGCUCAAAGUCUUCUUCUACUUGGCAAGAAGCAAGCUUCUCGAUUCAGUCUUCAAGCACACUUCUUGCUGCUACUAGCUAUUCGGAAGACUUCUCAACACUGCAUCCUCAAACAUCAUCUCUAUGGCCCGAGACAGCAACUUCCUCUUGUUCUACCACGGCUCCUGCCUCAAGCAAUUCAUACACCUACUCAUCAGCGAAGUACUCUGCUAUCGCCUCUUCUGCACCUUAUGCCUCAGUCAAUUCAAGUGCUUCCGCCCACUCGGUCCUUCCUUCUAAAACAGGGACCGCACUCACCAGCGAGAUCUCCUCAACAUCGGGUAACACCAUAACCUACGACUGGAAUAUCGAAUGGAUGACUGCCGCACCGGAUGGUAUCGCUCGCCCUGUAAUUGGUGUAAAUGGUCAAUGGCCGUGUCCAUCGAUUGAUGUUAUGCAAGGGGAUCUUGUGGUUGUCAACGUAUACAAUGGUCUAGGUAACGAGAGUACCUCGCUUCAUUGGCAUGGCAUCCACCAGCGAGGUACGAGUCACAUGGAUGGUGCAACAGGAGUGACACAAUGUCCCAUCGCUCCUGGCCAGAGUUUCACCUACAGAUUCCUUGCCGACCAGGCCGGCACAUACUGGUGGCACUCUCACAAUAUGGGUCAGUACCCUGACGGUCUCUGGGGACCUCUCAUUGUACGCGAUCCUAGCCCACCGUUCCAUUACGAUGAAGAGCUCAUCAUCACUCUCUCGGAUUGGUACAACGACCAAAUGCCUUAUCUCAUUCAUCAAUACCAGUCUGCCGAAGGUGCAGCAGAGGAUGGAACUCCAGAUCCGUCAGGUGGAGCGCUGAUCAAUUCUGGAAAGAAUGUCUCAAUUCACGUCAAGCCGAGUACAACAUACCUAGUCCGCAUCAUCUGCCCCGCUGCCUUUACUGGCCAUGGCUGGGUCUUCGACGGGCACAAUCAAACGACUGUGGAAGUCGAUGGAGUAUACACAGUUCCAGUAGUCGCUACUGCAGGCGGCAAAAACGUUCGUGUUGCUCCUGGACAGCGACAGUCGUUUCUCAUGAGGACGAAAGACGACACAAGCAAGAACUAUGCCAUUCUUGACUUCCAAGAUCCAAACAUGCUCUUCAUCAACAAAGGUCUCUCGCCUGACCCAGUCUAUCCAUUGAAUGCUACUGCGUGGUUGGUGUAUAACACGAGCGCAGAUUAUCCACCUCCGCCAGUUUUGUACAACCUUGGAAAUGAUGACUUUUUCGACGACCUCAACUAUGUUCCGCUGGACAGAGAGCCUCUUCUUGAGCCUGUUGAUAGACAACUGGUCAUUGAUAUGGCCAUGGAAAACAUUACUGGCAUCUCAAGAUACAUCCUCAACGGUCACACAUAUCUUGGUGCAAAGGUGCCUACUCUUUACACAUCUCUCACCGUCAACGAGUCCGACGCGUCUAACCCUGAUGUAUACGGAAACGUGAACCCAUACGUCUUCAAGUAUGGCGAAGUUGUAGAAGUGGUUAUGAACAACUUGCAUACCAAUUUGCAUCCUAUGCAUCUUCACGGUCACCAGUUCCAAAUUAUUGAAAGAUCAGAUCCCAAAGGUGGUUCAUGGAGUGGGUCAUACUCUAAGUUACCGGCCACGCCCAUCAGGCGAGACACAGUCAUGGUCCAGGACGAGGGAUAUGCCAUCGUCAGAUUCCGAGCCGAUAAUCCAGGUAUCUGGCUAUUCCAUUGUCAUAUCGAGCUUCAUGUCGAGGCUGGCUUCACUGCCACUUUCAUCGAAGCUCCAGAGAAGCUUGCUGCCAGCGGUUUCAAUCUGCCCGAAGAUCAUAUCAACGCCUGCAAGACAUAUCCCAUGGACUAUGUGGGCAAUGCUGCAGGUAAUGAUUACAACACUCUGAACUUGACCGGCGUUCCUAGUACCCUGCCGAAGGAUCCUUGGGGAGCCAUCUACCCGCCGGUCGAGCAUACAGCUCACAGCUAGAUUUUGCAUUGAGUAGAGCUGUUUCUUGAUCAUUGGUGUUGGAAUAAUACAUAGGCGGACAAGCGUCUGAACAUUUAACCCUGAUUUGUCGCGCACUAUUGAUUUGCAUGAUGUACCAAGACUUUGUUCGUUCGUUCCUACUGUUGUUCGGCGUGUGUACAUAUUCGGUGUCGUCGACUUGUAGUAAUAUCACAGCAGAACAAACGU